GGAAUGACAUCAUUGUUAUUUUCAGUGGAGCUCCAGCUCCUAGGUGGAUAAAGUUCGUCUCUACGUUGGAAGUGAUAGAAAGUAUUAUCCCGAUCCGGGCACCGUUUCCUGUCUUUAGGGAGGAGGAUCGAUCAAAGAGGAUAUUUUAUGAUAUCGGUGAGGAAACGGGUUACUUAAUCGAUGAUCACGAGGGAAAAGUUUUCUCGGGACAGCAAGUUGUCAAAGCGAUCGGGACUUCCAACAAAAGGCGGAUUCUGUCGCAAGGCUGGGGAGGCUCGGAAGCCGAAUGUUUUUACUUUAACAAAAAGGUGAGACGCCAUUUUUUUUUUUUUUUAAAGCGACUGAAACUUAAUGUCCGGGAAAAUGGAAGCGACGUUUUACGACGACGCCGUGAACGCGUCGGGCAACUCUCAACACGACGCGACGAGGGUCUACGGCUUCAACGCCAAAACCCUCAAACAGUCCAUGACUCUCAACCUGAACGACCCCAAGAACUUCAAACCUCAGCUGGGCCCCAAAGCCUUGGACAUCCUGACGUCCCCGGACGUGGGUCUGCUCAAGCUGGCCUCGCCGGAACUGGAGCGGCUGAUCAUCCAGUCGUGCACCGGCUUGACGACUCCCACCCCGACGCAGUUCGUCUGUCCCAGGAACAUCACCGACGAGCAGGAGGGCUUCGCGGAGGGCUUCGCCAAGGCUCUGGCGGAGCUCCACUACCAGCAGAUGGGCACCGCCCCCGCCGGGGCGCAGACCACCACCGAAGUCGCAUCCGGCGCAGCUGCGCCCGACGCCGGCGAGAACCAGUACAGCUGCACGGUGCGCCCCGAGCCGCCGGAGUACACCAACCUGUCCGCCUUCAACCGGGCCGUGCUGGGGUCAUCCGACCGACACCCGCCGACGUGUUAUCAAGAGCACUCUCGCCUCCGCUCCUUGAAGGAGGAGCCGCAGACGGUGCCGGAGAUGCCCGGCGAGACGCCGCCGCUCUCCCCCAUCAACAUGGAGAACCAGGAGCGCAUCAAGGCGGAGCGCAAGCGCAUGAGGAACCGGGUGGCCGCCUCCAAGUGCCGGAAGAGGAAGCUGGAGAGGAUAUCCCGCCUGGAGGACAGGGUGAAGAACCUCAAGAACCAGAACACGGAGCUGGUGUCGUCCGCCAACGUGCUGCGGGACGAGCUGGCUCUGCUCAAACAGAAGGUGAUGGAUCACGUCAACAGCGGCUGUCAGCUCAUCUUGACGCAGCAGCUCCAGGCCUUCUAGGCGGCUCCAUGUCUUGGAGAGGGGUUUGGGGAGGGGGGCCAAAUGACUCCAAGUGGCCUGAAAAGUCCAAAAUGAUCAUCAGCUCAGGCACUUCCUGCUAAGUUUCUGCAGACGAACUUCAACUUCAGGAAUCUCUGUGUCAUAUAUCGACCACAGGGGUGGGCAGAAUCGAAUGAAUCCUCACUUAUUAGUUAGUGCACUCUAAGAUUAAUAAGAAAGUUUAUUGUUGUUUUUAUUCCCGCUCUUCCUUCCUUCACUUCCUGGUGUCCAACACCUAACACAGUGGUUCUUAACCUUGUUGGAGGCACCGAACCCCACCAGUUUCAUAUGCGCAUUCACCGAACCCUUAUUUAGUGAAAUUCAAGACAAAGCUGUAUGUUUUUGGUAACACUUUAGUAUAGGGGAACAUAUUCUAAGUAACAAAGACUUAAUUUAGAGUUAUUUGGACAUAGCUCGGUUGGUAGAGUGGCCGUGCCAGUAACUUGAGGGUUGCAGGUUCGAUUCCCGCUUCCGCCAUCCUAGUCACUGCCGUUGUGUCCUUGGGCAAGACACUUUACCCACCUGCUCCCAGUGCCACCCACACUGGUUUGAAUGUAACUUAGAUAUUGGGUUUCACUAUGUAAAGGGCUUUGAGUCACUCGAGAAAAGCGCUAUAUAAAUAUAAAUUCACUUCACUAGGGGAACAUAUUCGAAAUAAUAGGUCAGGGUUAGAGGGUUAGGGCCAUGCAUUAAUUAGUACUUAAUGACUAGAUAAGAACCAAUAUGUUACUAAUUUGCAUGCUAAUAAGCAACUAAUUAAUGGUGGAUGUCGUAGUGGUUUGUGCAGCCUUAUGAGACACUAGUGAUUUAGGGCUAUAUAAGUUGAUUGAUUGAUAUGUUCCCAAUACUAAAGUGUUACCACAUUUUUUUUGCUGGUGCACAAAAUCAACCGUGCAAGGACAUCACCUUGUUCAAACAACAAAACUAAGACGGUGCGUAAACUAACAACAAAUUACACACCUGCAAAUCAGUCAGCUGUUGCCAUAUCUGUAAUAUGCCAACAGGGAGAAGUUUGUAUUUACACGAAGAGUCGGGUGUGUUUUGAUCUCCGCCGAACCCCUCAGGUCGACUCACCGAACCACUAGGGUUCGAUCGAACCCUGGUUAAGAACCACUGAUAUCCUGUGUUCCCCCGCCCUUAAGUCCCCCCUACAAUGGUUCCGGUAUAGUCCCGUUCUCACUUAUUAGUUAAUGCACUUUUAGAUAAGAACGCUUAUUGUCUUUUUCCUGCCUUUUAAUUCCCGCUCUUUCUUCGUCCAACACCUAACACCUGUCCUCAUAUCCUGUGUCCCCCCGUCCUUAUGUUCCCCUUACAAUGGUUUCGGUAUUGUCCUUGUAGCCAAUACAUGACAGAUACCUUUACCUUCAGUGAAUUGCCGCAUUCUAAGACAGCCAAAAUAUAAAUAAAUAUCCUCUUUUAACUUAUUCCGAGUUUUCAAACGAACUGUGAUGGCGAACUGACUGCAAAAAAUAUCGAUUCGCUCACCCCUAUCGCAUCUUUUUCUACUACGCCAUCCAAUACAGAUGACCCGUGGAGGGUCACGCGUGGUUCACGCCUGUAUGACGUCAAAGAAGUUGCAAUAAAAUUCAUUUUAGACAUGAACUUGUACAGUAACACUAAAGAUUGUCACCUUUACGCUCAGGUGUGAAGCAAUUACUGACUUAACCUGCCUUACUCUUAAUCUUCACAGUGAUGCAACUUUUUGGGAUACAGGUGUAACCGAUGUUAAAACGUUGUUUGUAUGCUGUUUUUUUUUAAGCACUUCACACUUGUAAAUAUGAUAAAAUAAACAAUUUGACACACUGA